GUAAGCAGUUGCCGCAGAGUUUACAGUUUACUCUUAAAUUCUUUUAUAAAUCGGGUUGAAAAAAUACAUUUUAGCAUAAAAUAUUUUAAAAAGCCGAAAUUACAUACAUUCAAUUUGUUUUACCAAAUCUAUUCAACUCGAUCAAAAUAAAUAUUAAAAAUUAUAGGUUAUAUUGAUGAAAUCACCAGUGUUCAUAUAAGAAACGGUUCGCCUACAAGUUAAAGCCUGAUGUAUACAUAUAUAUAUAUAUAUAUAUGACAGUACAUUAUUUACAACCAAAAUUGUCUUUCGAGAUGCCUAUUUUGGAGAUUUAUUUAUGCCAGGACAAUCGCUACAGUACUAAUUAAAUACUUAGUUUUUUUUUAUUUUGGUAACUGUACAGUUUUUAUUAAUUCCUAAAACAAAUAGGAAGUCAAGUAAUUUAAGACAUUAAUAAUCUGACGUAGCUUUAAAAUGAAUCGGCGGAGAAGAGCGUCAUCAAUCGCAAGUCGUGCGACUGAUGAGGAAGUAGAAAGUUCUCCAGUCGACAGCAUUCGCAAAAAAAGACGAGUGGAUCCGGUAUAUGUGGAUAUAGUUCAGUCAGUCUAUGACACGUUAAGAAAUUUUAAAAAGGAAGAUGGUACAUUAUUGUGUGACAGUUUCAUAAGAGCUCCAAAAAGAAGACAAGAACCAACCUACUAUGAUGUUGUUACUAACCCUAUUGAUUUGAUAAAAAUUCAACAAAAAAUAAAAACUGAAGAAUAUGAUGAUAUUGAUGAUCUUCAAGCCGACUUAGAAUUACUUAUAAAUAAUGCUAAAUCAUUCUACAAGAAAAACUCUCAAGAAUAUAAAGAUGCUUCAGAUUUGUGGGAUCUGUUUGAAUCUACUAAAAAUAAUCUGUUAGAUAGGGAAGAGACACCAAAAGAAAAACUAGUUUUAAGAGUUGGGAAAUUAGGUAAAAGAGGAGGGUCAUCUGCUUCAAUGUCGAAAUCAGAACAAACUGAUGAAGAGGAAAGUAACUCUUCAUAUCCUGGAGGAGAAGAAGAAUUAACAAUGUAUGAAGAUUUAUUUACUGCAGUUAUGUCUGCUACUGAUAAUGAUAACCGUCCGCUAUCAGCUGCAUUUCAACUUUUACCAUCAAAAAAACGUUAUCCAAAUUACUACGAAGUCAUUGAAAACCCUAUUGAUUUAAGAUCAAUUGCUCGUAAAAUACAAGAUGGAAAAUAUUCUAGUUUGGCUGAAAUGGAAAGAGAACUAUUGUUAAUGACAAAAAACGCUUGUUUAUUUAAUGAACCUGGGUCACAGAUUUACAAAGAUGCAAAAUCAUUAAAAAAAGUAAUAACAAGUAAAAAAAUUGAAGUAGAUCAUGGAAAGUAUGCACCUAGCAAGAGCAGUGAAAGAAUCAGGGCUAAACGAUUAAGAGGUGGUCAAACUUCAAUGUCUGCUAUUACAGCUGCAUUACAAUCUGAAGACGAAGAAGACUCAGAUUUAGAUGAAGAUACUGUAACCGAUAGUCAAAGUAUUAUCGAUGGACCAGAUAAUCCUAGAUGGCAGUUAUACAAUGCUGUUCGCUCUGCUACUGGACUUCAUGGAAACUUGUUGAGUGAUUCUUUUUGGAAACUGCCAUCCAAACGAUACUAUCCAAAUUAUUAUCAUGAAAUUCGUAAUCCACUUUCGUUGAUGCAAAUUGGCAAGAAAUUAAAAAAUGGAGACUAUGGUACAGUCAGUGAAGUAGCCGGUGACAUGAAUAUAAUGUUAGAAAAUGCUAAAAAAUAUUUUGCUUCGGAUACAAAACAAUACAAAGAUGCUGUAAAGUUACAAAAAAUUAUGCAGACUAAAGCUCAAGAACUUCUAGACUUAGGCCACCAAUAUUCUGAUAGUGAAGACGAUUCUGCAGAUGAUGAGUUAAAUCAAACUGUUCGACAUUCGAAAAAAUUUAAUCGAUCUCCACGCUGCCUUACACGAGGAAAAUAUUUAAAUAAUAUUCCUCUUAAACGGCGACUAUAUGCUCUGUGCAAAUGUCUUAUGGAUUACACGACUGAACACGGGAGAGUGCCUAUGUUAAUGUUUAUGGAAAGACCAUCUAAAAAAUUGUACCCAGAUUAUUAUAAAGUCAUUGCUGAACCUAUUGAUAUGCUGACAAUAGAAGAAAAAAUUAAACAAGAAAAGUACAACAGCGAAGAAGAAAUAUUGAGAGAUUUUAAACUAAUGUUUAAUAACUGUCGCCAGUUCAACGAAGAAGGGUCUUUGAUUUAUGAGGAUGCAAAUACUUUAGAAAAAGUGUUGUUGGACCGAUCCAAAGAAUUAGGACCAGUACCAUCAAAACCUACCAAAAUUAUUUCAAGUUCAGUGAUUAAACUAGGAAAGAAACCUCAACUUCCUCAGGCAACACUUCAAAAAAUGAGAACGCUAUUUAACACAAUAAAAGACUUUAAAGAUCAAAAAGGGCGUUUGCUGUCUAUUAUAUUUAUGAAACUGCCUUCUAAAAACGAGUACCCGGAUUAUUACGAAGUGAUAAAACGGCCUAUUCAUUUAGAAGUGAUCGCCCAAAAGCUUAAAAAUAAUUUAUACGAAAGUCUUGAUGAUCUGGCCGCAGACUUUGUUUUAAUGUUUGAUAAUGCUUGUAAAUACAACGAGCCUGAUUCCCAAAUUUAUAAAGACGCUUUAACGUUACAAAGACUCACAUUACAAACAAAGUUACAAUUGAGAGCCGAUGAGGACAGUACACCAGACGUACAAAGUGCUGUACAAGAGUUGCUCACUUCUUUGUUUACCAGUGUUUAUAAUCAUCAAGAUGAAGAAGGCCGAUGUUUCUCAGAUUCUAUGGCAGAACUACCAGAACACGACGAUAUUGAUGGAAAUAAAGUGAGAGGUUUGUCUUUGGAUUUAAUAAAAAGAAGAUUAGAUGGCAAUCAAUACAAGAGAUUAGACACAUUUCAAGACGAUUUAUUUGCAUGUUUAGAGCGAGCUAGGCAAUUAUCGCGCACUGACUCUCAAGUGUUUGAAGAUUCAAUUGAAUUACAGUCAUACUUUAUCAGACAGAGAGAUGAAGUUUGCCGCAAUGGAGAUCUAUUGAAUUCUCCUGCUUUGAACUAUUCAUUGCUGGAUUUAUCAUUAUCGGUUAAUGAUAUGAGAGAGCGUAAAAUGGCAGAAGAAUCUAUAAGUGGAAUUUCCGAAGAAGAUGAACUUAAAACUGAGGAUAUUACCCAAGAAGAACAAGAAAACGGGGAAGACUUACAACCUCAAAUUGCUGGAACUACAGAUGAUUCGGUGUGUGUAAACCAGCUAGUGUAUAGAGUUGGUGAUUUUGUUUAUGCCGAACCUCAAGAACGAGGUCAAGAUCCAAUGAUAUUAAACAUUCAAAGACUUUGGACAAAUCAGGAAGGUCAACAAAUGUUGUACGGAAAUCAGUUUUACAGGCCUAGCGAAACAUAUCACUUGUCAACUAGAAAAUUCUUAGAAAAAGAGGUAUUUAAGACUGAUUUAAGUACUGCAAUACCGGUUAGUCGAAUCAAAGGCCGUUGUGCUGUUGUGAGCGUUAAAGAUUAUUUCCGUUAUCAGCCAAAAGGUUUUGAUGAAAAAGAUGUAUAUGUAUGCGAGUCCAGAUAUUCUUCAAGAUGUAGAAAUUUCAAAAAAAUCAAGAACUGGGCCUCAAGUUUAACAGCUACCUGGAAUUUAGUUGAAAGAGAUGAGCCGUUAGAUCCGAAAAGAAUAAUGUCUGUAUUUAGAGAUCGUGUUGAGAAACACAAGGAGGAGAUAGCCGAAUUAGAAGAACAUGAAAAAAUUCUUGAAAAAGAAAAACCGAAUAUUGUUAUGGCAAAUCCUUCGGGUGUCAUUGAUGAUGGAAGUAUUUAUUAUGAACAGUACAAUACUCAAAUUGGAGUUUUAAAGCCAGGCGACUUUGUUUACGUGAAAAAUGAUGAACAAAAUCAAAUAAUCCAAAUAGACAGAAUUUGGGUUAAUAAACAAGGAAUCGCUAAUAUUUAUGGUCCCAUUCUCUUAACACCUUCGGAAAUACCUAACAUGGCUGGUAGGCAGUAUUUCAAACAAGAAGCAUUAUUAACUAAUAUUGAGGAAACGGUGGUGGUGUCUAAAAUUACAGGAAAGUGUUCAGUUUUAGAACAUGCAGAAUAUAUAUCAUGUCGACCAGCAGAAAUAGCCGAGGCAGAUGUUUAUUUAUGCGAGUCAAUUUAUGAUGAUUCCACUAAACAAAUUAGAGAACUUCCUAAAGACGGCUUGAAAAAAUACACACAUUCCCCUGCUGUUAAUCAAGAUGAAUUUUAUUUCUUUAGAAGACUCAUUCAUCCAGUAAAAAUCGGUGCUCCAGAAUCUCAUUUAGAUUCAAAAGCUCCUUAUAAUCACAUUUAUGAUUCGGUGUCUGGUGUUAGUUCUCCAAUAAUGCCAAAACUAGAACCGGCCGAUACUAUGACUGAGGACUCUAUGGAUGGUGGCCCGCCAUCAGUUAGCUCUUCCGAUUUAGGGGAACGAACUUUAAACACUUCAACAAUUAUAUCUACGCCCUCAUCGUCCAGAAAAAAAAACCCGAACCAUAAAAAAUUGGUCACUGGGUAUAUAUUGUACACAAGUGAUGUUCGAAAAGCCGUAGCACAGAAUAAUCCAGAUCGUAGUUUUGGUGAAGUUAGUCGUAUUGUCGGAAACGAGUGGCGUAACCUUUCACCGACAGAAAAAAUGGCAUACGAAGAGCGUGCAAACAGGUUAAAUGAAGAAAAUUAUCCACAAUGGCGCCAACAGAAUAUCCAAGCUCCCCCGCCUGAAGGUUCGGAUUUAUUAUGGGAAUGUGGAUGGGACAAUUGUGAUUGGCAAUUUGAAGAUCAAGCUGACUGUUUGGAUCAUGCAGUCGCCGAUCAGUAUGGUCACGUACAGACAUUUUUUGCUGCAAUUCCUCCCAGUGAAAUUGAGUAUCAGUGCCAGUGGAGAGGAUGCCUUCGAGUCAAAAAAACUGGAAUUGCUCCAUUUCCAAGUUUGCAUCGUUUAGUCAGACACGUAAAAGAAGUGCACAUACUAAAAAAUCCUGGACGAUCUGUGCCACUAUCAGAACGCAAUAAAAAUUGUAUGUCGACUACUCGCUCAGUCGUUACUACUACUACUUCUGCAUUAUCAGUGGCACCUCCGUCUCCACCACAGAUUGAAAAUUCAAAUGUUGCAGGAACAAUUGGAGUUUUAAACCAAGUCAAUAGAAACACUCCGUCUCCUUUAUCUCAAAAUGGUACAACCGGUAACAAUGGUGUUAAUGUGAAUAAGCACCUUGAGCCAAUAUUUGUUACUGUGCCACCAAAACCUACAAGAGUAUUUCAUUCUGAAGCAUAUAUUAAAUAUAUUGAAAGUUUGAAUCUUGAUAGUAAGCCCAGUUGGGAACGGCAACUUUACGCUACACAAGAAAAUACUAAAGGACCCGACGAUCCAAAUUCUCUCCCAGCUGCUCAGUGGUUAGGGAAAGGUAUCGGUAACCAUGGAAAUGUUCUUAACGCGCUGUGGGCGUUAAGAAACUUUAUGAUGAAAGACGCCAUGGGAUUAUCUAAAACAGAUGACUAAUUUGUUAACUUCAAAUGUAAUUUAUAAAACAGAUGUAUUUUUUACUGUUGAACUUACUUAGGAAUAGACGUUUUUUUUUAUUAACAUUAAAGUAAUUUUUUUUUCUUUGAUUUGCAAAAUACUUUAUUUGGAAUUUUUUUUUUACUUUUAAUCUACAAAGAUACACUUUUGAAUUUACAACUAUUUACCUAUUAUAAAAUAUCAAUAAUAAACAUAUUAUUUAUUAAUUUA